GCCGCGGGGACUGCACUGUCCGCCCUGCCAGACCCGCCCCGACUGGGGCUCGCCGUCACCAGCAGUCACAGCACUGCGACCUCGGGCCCUACGUCGGCUAUGGCUGCGUCCUGGGACUAAGUCCGCAGGUUGUGUGACUGAGUUUCCCAAAGAGAGAGAGACUGAUAAAAGAAGAGAAGAAGGAGGGGCGGGCUCCUGGCAAGGCGUUCGCUCCUGAACAGAGUCCUGCAAAGAUGGAGAAGGAGGAGGAGACAACUCGGGAGCUGCUGCUGCCUAACUGGCAGGGCAGCGGCUCCCACGGACUGACCAUUGCCCAGAGGGAUGAUGGAGUCUUUGUUCAGGAAGUGAUGCAGAACUCCCCUGCGGCCCGCACUGGGGUGGUCAAAGAGGGGGACCAGAUUGUGGGUGCCACCAUCUACUUUGACAACCUGCAGUCUGGUGAGGUGACCCAGCUGCUGAACACCAUGGGGCACCACACUGUUGGCUUGAAGUUGCACCGUAAGGGGGACCGUUCCCCUGAGCCUGGACAGACCUGGACUCAUGAAGUCUUCAGCUCCCGUAGCUCCGAGGUGGUGCUGAGCGGGGAUGAUGAAGACUACCAGCGCAUCUACACCACAAAGAUCAAGCCACGACUGAAGUCGGAGGAUGGCGUAGAAGGGGACCUUGGGGAGACCCAGAGCCGUACCAUCACAGUGACCAGAAGGGUCACAGCCUACACUGUGGAUGUGACCGGUCGGGAAGGAGUGAAGGACAUCGACAUCAGCAGCCCUGAGUUCAUGAUCAAGAUACCAAAGCACGAAGUGACUGAAAUCGCCAACACAGAUGUAGAAAUCCAGUCUGGGAAGACGGUGAUCAGACUGCCCUCAGGAUCGGGGGCAGUUUCUCCAACCCCUGGCUCUGCCAUGGAUGUCCGGGCAGGGGCCAUUUCUGCUUCAGGACCAGAGCUCGAACGUGCUGGCCAAUCAAAAUUCCAGGUCACCGUACCUGGGAUAAAGGUGGGAAGCCCCGGCAUCAAUGUCAGUGCAAAAGGCUUGGACUUGGGUGGCAAAGGAGGGAUCCAAGUUCCAGGGGUGGACAUUUCGUCUUCUCUUGGGACUGGCUCAGUACAGGUACAGGGUCCUUCCCUCCAGAGUGGUGAUAUUGGGAAAAUUAAAAUCCCAACCAUGAAGAUGCCAAAAUUUGGUGUCUCAGCAGGCCCGGAGGGUCAGAUACCAGAGGCAGGGCUGAGUGUUUCCGCACCUGAGUUCUCUGUGGGGCAUAAAAGUGACAAGUCAGGUUUGGCUAUUGGUGGGAGCAUUCAGGCCCCUCACUUGGAAGUCAGUGCCCCUUCUGUCAAUAUUGAGGGCCUUGGGGGGAAGCUGAAGGGUCCCCAAAUCACUGGGCCAUCACUCGAAAGUGACUUAGGCCUGAAAGGUACCAAGCUGCAGGGGAACAUAGGAAUGGAUGCCUCUGCUUCCAAAACUGAGGGCAACAUCACUGGUCCCAGUGUGGAAGUUGGAACCCCUGAUGUCAACAUUCAUGGGCUAGGAGGCAAACUGAAUUUGCCCAAGAUGAAAGUCCCUAAAUUCUCUGCAUCAGGUUCCAAGGGAGAGGGAGUUGGCGUUGAUGUGACAGUGCCCACAGGUGAAGUGACUCUUCCUGGGGUCUCUGGGGAUGUUAGUCAGCCUGAGAUUGCCAUUGGUGGGCUAGAAGGGAAGAUAAAGGGUGCUAAAGUCAAGACACCUGAAAUGAUUGUCCAGAAACCUAAAAUCUCCAUGCAGGAUGUGGAUCUGAGCCUUGGGUCUUGUAAACUGAAAGGCGAUAUGAAGGUGUCUGCUCCUGAGGUCAAAGGUGAUGUUAAAGGCCCUCAUGUGGCAGUUAAAGGCCCCAAAGUAGACAUAGAGACACCAAACUUAGAGGGGACCAUGACAGGUCCCAAGCUCAGCAGCCCUUCUGGAAAAAUAGGGGCCUGUAGGAUAUCUAUGGCAGAUGUAGACCUAAAUGUAGCUGCGCCUAAAGGGAAAGGGGGUGUAGAUGUUGUGCUACCCAAAGUAGAAGGGAAAAUCAAAGUCCCUGAACUUGAUGUCCAAGGCACCAAAAUGGAUAUUAGUGCCCCAGAUGUGGAAGUGCAUGGCCCAGAAUGGAACUUGAAAACGCCCAAGAUGAAGAUGCCCAAGUUCAGUGUCCCAGGGGUCAAAGGAGAAGGCCCAGAUGUAGAUGUGGCUCUACCGAAAGGAGACAUCAGUAUUUCAGGGCCUAAGGUCAACAUAGAAGCCCCAAGUGCCAACAUGGAGAGUCUGGGGGGCAAACUUAAAGGUCCUGAUAUUGAUCUUCCUGAAGUGAGUGUCAAGACUCCAAAGGUUUCCAUACCUGAUGUAGAUCUGCACAUCAAAGGCGCAAAGGUGAAGGGAGAGUGUGAUGUCACAACACCAAAGCUUGAGGGUGACCUGAAAGGCCUCCAAGUGGACGCUGAUGCCCCAGAAGUGAAUGUUCAUGGCCCAGACCUGAAGAUACCCAAGAUGAAGAUGCCCAAAUUCAGUGUGCCAGGGUUCAAAGCAGAGGGCCCAGAAGUGGAUGUGAAUCUGCCCAAGGCAGAUAUGGACAUUUCUGGGCCUAAGGUGGAGGUCAGUGCUCCAGAUGUGAGCAUUGAGGGACCAGAAGGGAAACUGAAAGGACCUAAGUUUAAAAUGCCUGAAAUGAAUAUUAGAGCUCCAAAGAUCUCCAUGCCAGAUGUGGACUUACACUUAAAAGGCCCCAGUGUAAAGGGAGAAUAUGAUGUCACCGUGCCAAGGCCUGAAGGUGAGAUUAAAGUUCCUGAUGUUGAACUUAAAAGUGCCAAACUGGACAUUGAUGCCCCGAAUGUGGAUGUUCAAGGUCCCGAAUGGCACAUGAAGAUGCCAAAGAUAAAAAUGCCCAAGUUUGGUAUGCCAGGCUUCAAGGCAGAGAGUCCAGAUGUGGAGGUGAAUCUCCCUAAGGCCAACAUUGAUGUCUCAGGACCCAAGGUAGAUGUCAAAGCACCAGAUGUGAACAUUGAAGGACCUGAAGGAAAACUGAAGGGUCUUAAGUUGAAGACGCCUGAGAUGAAUAUAAAGGCCCCAAAGAUCUCCAUGCCUGAUGUAGAUUUGCAUAUGAAAGGCCCCAAGGUAAAAGGAGAGUAUGAUGUCACAAUGCCAAAGAUUGAAGGAGACUUGAAAGGCCCCAAAGUAGAUGUCAGUGCUCCAGAUGUUGACAUUCAGAGUCCUGAUUGGAACUUGAAAAUGCCAAAGAUUAAAAUGCCCAAAUUUAGCAUGCCUAGUCUCAAAGGAGAAGGCCCAGAGUUGGAUGUGAACAUGCCCAAGGCUGAUAUGGACAUUUCUGUACCAAAACUAGAUAUUAGUGCUCCAGAUUUGAACCUUGAAGGACCUGAAGGGAAGUUGAAAGGCCCCAAGUUUAAGAUGCCUGAGAUGCAUUUCAAGGCUCCAAAGGUGUCUCUACCAGAUGUGGACCUGGACCUCAAAGGACCCAAAAUGAAAGGAAAUCUAGACAUGACUGCACCAAAAAUAGAGGGAGAGAUGAAAGUACCUGAUGUGGACAUCAAAGGUCCGAAGGUAGAUAUUAAAUCACCAGAUGGGGAAGGUCAGGGCCCAGACUGGAGCCUGAAAAUGCCAAAGAUGAAAAUGCCUAAGUUCAGUAUGCCUACUCUCAAAGGUGAGGGUCCAGAUGUGGAUGUGAACCUGCCUAAGGCUGACAUUGAUGUCUCAGCACCCAAGGUUGACAUUGAAGGCCCUGAUGUGAGCACUGAAGGACCAGAAGGAAAGUUGAAAGGUCCUAAGUUCAAGAUGCCUGAGAUGAACAUCAAGGCCCCUAAGAUCUCCAUGCCUGAUGUGGACUUAAACUUGAAAGGCCCCAAAGUCAAGGGGGAUGUGGAUGUGACAGUGCCCAAGCUAGAAGUUAAGGGGCCCAAAGGAAAAGCAGAUGUGGAUGUAUCAUUGCCUGAUGUAGAGGGUGAAAUAAAAGUUCCAGAUGUGGAUGUUAAAGGGCCCAAAGUUGGCAUUGAUGCUCCAGAUGUUGAAGUUCAUGGCCCAGACUGGCACCUUAAGAUGCCUAAAAUGAAAAUGCCCAAGUUCAGUAUGCCUGGCUUCAAAGGAGAAGGCCCAGAAGUUGACAUCCCUAAGGCCAACAUUGAUGUCUCAGGACCCAAGGUAGACAUUAAUGUUCCAGAUGUAAAUAUUGAAGGUCCAGAUACAAAACUAAAAGGGCCAAAAUUUAAGAUGCCAGAAAUGAAUAUAAAGCCUCAGAAGAUAUCCAUGCCAGAUGUUAGCUUGAAUUUGAAAGGCCCUAAAGUGAAAGGAGACUAUGAUGUUCCAAAAGUGGGAGGAGAAAUAAAAGCUCCUGCUGUUGAUAUCAAAGGCCCCCAAGUAGAUGUACCAGAUGUGGAUGUUCACGGCCCAGACUGGCACCUGAAGAUGCCUAAGGUAAAAAUGCCCAAGUUCAGUAUGCCUGGCUUCAAAGGAGAGGGCCCUGAAGUGGAUGUAAAUCUUCAAAAGGCCAACAUUGAUGUCUCAGGACCCAAAGUAAACAUUGAUGUUCCAGAUGUGAAUAUUGAAGCUCCAGAAGGGAAACUAAAGGGCCCCAAGUUCAAGAUGCCGAGCAUGAAUAUACAGACACACAAAAUCUCUAUGCCUGAUGUUGGUCUUAAUCUGAAAGGACCUAAACUGAAAAGUGAUGUAGAUGUUUCUCUUCCAAAACUGGAAGGAAAUUUGAAAGGUCCUGAAGUUGAUGUUAAAGUCCCUAAGGUGGAUGUGGAUGUUGGUGAUAUUGAUAUUGAAUGUCCAGAAGGGAAGUUGAAGGAUGUGAAUAUUGAAGGUCCUGAUGCAAAACUGAAGGGUCCUAAGUUCAAGAUGCCAGAGAUGAAUAUCAAAGCUCCUAAGAUCUCAAUGCCAGAUUUGGACCUUAACAUUAAAGGCCCCAAAGUGAAAGGAGAUGUGGAUGUUUCACUUCCAAGUGUUGAAGGUGAUUUGAAAGGGCCUUCUCUUGACAUAAAGGACCCAAAAUUAGAUCUAAAUGCUCCAGAUGUUGACAUUCAUGGUCCUGAGGGCAAAUUAAAAGGCCCCAAACUGAAAAUGCCUGACAUGCAUGUCAACAUGCCCAAGAUCUCUAUGCCUGAAAUUGACUUGAAUUUAAAGGGCUCAAAGCUUAAGGGAGAUGUUGAUAUCUCUGGACCCAAACUGGAGGGUGAAAUUAAAACUCCCAAGUUAGAUGUGAAGGGCCCAGAAGUGGACAUUUCUGCUCCCAAGGUUAAUAUUGAAGGGAAAUCAAAGAAAUCUCGUUUUAAGCUCCCUAAAUUUAAUUUUUCUGGAUCCAAAGUUCAGACACCUGACAUGGAUGUCAAAGUUAAAAAGCCAGAUGUUGAUGUAACAGCUCCAAAAGUUGACAUUAAUGCUCCAGAAGUUGAAGUACAAGGCAAAGUGAAAGGAUCCAAGUUUAAAAUGCCUUUCCUGAGUAUUUCAUCUCCCAAAGUUUCUAUGCCUGAUGUGGAGCUAAAUUUGAAAGGUCCUAAGGUCAAAGGAGACUUAGAUGUAGCAGGCCCAAAUUUAGAAGGAGAUUUUAAAAGCCCUAAAGUGGACAUUAAAGCACCAGAGGUUCAUAUUAAUGCACCUGAUGUGGACGUUCAUGGUCCAGAAUGGAAUCUGAAGAUGCCCAAGAUGAAAAUGCCCAAGUUCAGUGUGUCUGGCAUAAAAGCAGAAGGACCUGAUGUGGCUAUGGAUUUACCAAAAGGAGACAUCAAUGUAGAAGGUCCCAGUAUGAAUAUUGAGGGCCCAGAACUCAAUGUAGAGUGUCCAGAGGGAAGCUUAAAAGGUCCCAAAUUUAAGAUGCCUGAGAUGAACAUCAAAGCCCCCAAGAUCUCUAUGCCUGACAUUGACUUAAACCUGAAAGGUCCCAAGGUAAAAGGUGAUGUAGAUGUAUCUCUUCCCAAACUUGAAGGAGAUCUUAAAGGGCCAAAAGUUGACAUCAAAGGCCCCAAAGUGGACAUUGAUGUGAAUAUUGAAGGUCCUGAUGCAAAACUGAAGGGUCCUAAGUUCAAGAUGCCAGAGAUGAACAUCAAGGCUCCCAAGAUCUCCAUGCCUGACAUUGAUUUGCACUUGAAAGGGCCUAAACUGAAGGGAGAUGUGGAUGCUUCCUUGCCUAAAAUGGAAGGUGAACUAAAAGGCCCUGCUAUUGAUAUAAAGGGUCCCAGUGUAGAUAUCGAUACUCCUGACAUCAAUAUUGAUGGCCCAGAAGGGAAAUUAAAGGGACCCAAAUUUAAAAUACCAGAUAUGCACAUCAAAGCUCCCAAGAUUUCCAUGCCUGACUUUGACUUAAACCUUAAAGGACCCAAGGUAAAAGGAGAUGUGGACCUUGCACUACCUAAGAUGGAAGGUGAUCUCAAAGGGCCAGAGAUAGACAUUGAGGGUCCUGAAGGAAAGCUCAAAGGUCCCAAAUUUAAGAUGCCAGAUGUCCAUUUUAAGACCCCUCAAAUUUCAAUGAGUGACAUUGAUUUGAACAUGAAAGGACCUAAAAUAAGGGGAGAUUUGGACAUAGAAGGGGAUUUGAAAGGUCCCAAACUGGAUGUCAAAGGCCCUAAACUGGACAUCGACACUCCUGACAUUGACAUUCAUGGUCCAGAAGGGAAGCUGAAGGGCCCCAAGUUCAAAAUGCCUGAUCUCCACCUCAAGAUUGAUGUCUCAGGACCCAAGGUGGACAUUGAUGUUCCAGAUGUGAAUAUUGAAGGUCCUGAUGCAAAAUUGAAGGGUCCUAAAUUCAAGAUGCCAGAGAUUAGCAUCAAGGCUCCAAAGAUAUCUAUGCCUGAUGUAGAUCUGGAGUUAAAAGGACCCAAAGUAAAAGGAGACUUUGAUGUGUCUGUUCCCAAGAUUGAAGGUAGUCUCAAAGGACCUGAAGUAGACCUGAAAGGUCCAAGUCUAGAUUUUGAAGGCCCUGAUGCUAAACUCAGUGGCCCUAACUUGAAGAUGCCAUCACUGGAUGUAUCUGCUCCUAAAAUAACUGGACCUGAUGUUAAUGUGCACCUCAAGACACCAAAAAUUGGUGUUUCUGGGCCUAAGUUAGGAGGUGGUGAAGUGGACCUUAAAGGACCCAAAGUUGAUUUAGAAACUCCAAGUUUAGACGUCCGUAUGGAGGGCCCAGAUAUUAAUAUCGAGGGUCCAGAUGUUAAAGUUCCAAAGUUUAAGAAACCCAAGUUUGGAUUUGGUGCAAAAAGCGCUAAAGCUGACAUCAAGACACCCUCAGUUGAUGUGACUGUCCCUGAAGCAGAGCUGAGUGUUGAGACCCCUGAUGUAAGCCUUGGUGGAAAGGGCAAGAAAAGCAAGUUUAAAAUGCCUAAAAUUCACAUGAGUGGCCCUAAAGUUAAGGCCAAAAAGCAGGGAUUUGAUUUGAACGUUCCUGGAGGUGAGAUUGAUGCCAGUCUGAAGGGUCCUGAUGUGGAUAUUGGUGUUGCAGGGCCUGAUGCUGCACUCAAAGUUGAUGUAAAGUCUCCAAAAGCCAAGAAAACCAUGUUUGGGAAAAUGUACUUCCCAGAUGUAGAAUUUGACAUCAAGUCACCUAAAUUUAAAGCAGAGGCAUCCCUACCCAGCCCUAAGUUGGAGGGUGACAUCAAGAUACCAGAUCUGGACAUUUCUUCACCAGGGGUUAAUGUGGAAGCUCCUGACAUCCAUGUGAAGGCUCCCAAGUUCAAGGUGCCAAGUGUGGAUGUCUCAGGGCCAAAGUUAGAGGGCAACUUGAAAGGUCCUAAGGUGCAGGCAAACUUGGAGACACCUAACAUCAACAUCGAAGGCUCUGAUGCCAAAAUCAAAGCACCCUCAUUCAGUGUGUCUGCUCCUCAAGUCUCCAUACCUGAUGUGAAUGUUAAGUUGACAGGACCAAAGAUUAAGGGUGAUGCCCCCAGUGUGGGUCUGGAAGGACCUGAUGUCGAUUUGCAAGGUCCAGAAGGAAAAAUCAAGUUCCCCAAGUUUUCACUGCCCAGGAUCAGUGCCCCUGGUCUUGAAGGAAGCCUGAGCACAUCAGAUGUUAAGUUUGAAGGGCCUGAUAUAUCUCUUAAAGGCCCAGGAGUGGACUUGCCUUCGGUGGACAUCUCUAUGCCAAAAAUUUCUGGGCCUGAUGUUGACCUGAACUUGAAAGGACCAAGUCUGAAGGGAGACCUGGAUGCAUCCAGUCCCAGCAUGAAGCUGCACGCCCCAGGUCUUGACCUCAAAGGUGUUGGUGGAAAAGUACAGAUAGGAGGAGAUGGUGUGAAAGUCCCAGGGAUUGAUGCCACAGCAGCCCUUAAUGUGGGGGCACCUGAUGUGACUCUGAAGGGACCAAGCCUACAGGGAGAUCUGACCAUGUCUGGGGACAUCAAGUGCCCUAAACUAUCUGCUGGUGCCCCCGAUCUCAGCUUGGAGGCCUCAGAAGGUAGCGUCAAAUUUCCCCACAUGAAGCUGCCUCAGUUUGGCAUCUCUGCUCCAGGGUCCGAUUUGGACGUUAACAUCAAGGGGCCACAAGUUUGUGGAGAACUGAAGGGACCAGGGAUGGAUGUGAACCUGAAGGGGCCCCAGAUCUCAGCACCAAACAUGGACUUUAACUUGGAAGGACCAAAAGUGAAGGGGAGCCUUGGGGCCACUGGAGAACUGAAAGGCCCAGCAGUUGGGGGAAGCCUUCCAGGCAUCAGUGCUCAGGGCCUAGAAGGAAAUCUCCAAAUGCCUGGAUUUAAGGCUUCUGGGUGCGAUGUGCAACUCCCAGCAGGGCAGCUUUCUGGUCCUGAAAUUAAAAGAGAUCUGAAAGGUUCAGGAAUAGGUCUCCAUGGGGCUGUCCCUGAUAUCAGUGUCAAGGGGCCUUCCUUUAACAUGGCAUCUCCAGAGUCAGAUUUUGGUGUCAGCUUGAAGGGCCCCAAAGUCAAAGGAGGUGUAGAUGUUUCAGGGGGUGUCACUGUCCCAGAUAUCAACCUGGGUGAAGGGCAUAUGAGUGUCAAAGACUCUGGGGUUGAGUGGAAGGGACCCCAAGUCUCCUCCUCUCUAAACCUGGAUACAUCUAAACUUGCUGGGAACCUUCAUUUCUCAGGACCAAAGAUAGAAGGAGGCAUGAAAGGAGGCCAGACUGGACUCCAGGGUCCAGGGCUGAGUGUGUCUGGGCCUCAAGGUCACUUGGAAAGUGGAUCUGGAAAAGUAACAUUCCCCAAGAUGAAGAUCCCCAAAUUUGCCUUCUCUGGCCGCGAGCUUGUUGGCAGAGAAGUAGGGGUGGAUGUCAACUUCCCUAAAGUAGAGGCCAAUGUGCAGGCUGGUGCAGGAGAAGACGAAUGGGAAGAGUCAGAAGUAAAACUUAAAAAAUCCAAAAUCAAAAUGCCCAAGUUUAACUUUUCCAAACCUAAAGGGAAAGGUGGUGCCACCGGCUCACCAGAAGCAUCCAUUUCUGGGUCCAAAGGGGACCUGAAGAGCUCAAAGGCCAGCUUGGGCUCUCUGGAAGGAGAAGCAGAUGCCGAAGCAUCGUCACCAAAAGGCAAAUUCUCGCUGUUUAAAAGUAAGAAGCCAAGACACCGUUCCAACUCCUUCAGCGAUGAGAGGGAGUUCUCGGCGCCUUCCACCCCAACCGGGACUUUGGAGUAUGCAGGUGGAGAAGUUAAAAGCAAACACGGGAAGCUGAAAUUUGGUACCUUCGGUGGGUUGGGGUCAAAGAGCAAAGGUCAUUAUGAGGUGACUGGGAGUGAUGAUGAGGCAGCCAAGUUACAGGGGAGUGGAGUGUCUUUGGCCUCAAAGAAGUCCCGACUGUCUUCCUCUUCUAGCAACGACAGUGGGACGAAGGUUGGCAUCCAGCUUCCUGAGGUAGAACUCUCAAUUUCCACAAAGAAAGAGUAGUGGGCCUUGUAUGUGUGUACAUAUAUAUAAAUACAUCAGCCUUGGGUGUGUUUGUAUAUAAACUCCAAAGAGAAACACCCCAACAGCCUCAGCAAUAAUGCAAAGAUCUUGCCUCUCCCAGUGGCAAGUGCUGACAAACCGAGUGCCUCUAGGCUCCUGGGCUAGGUAAAGAGUUCUAAGUUCAUCUGGCCCGUGUGCAAAGUCAACAGUAUUUGCCUUAAGAUUUUAGUUUUUUUGGUUUCUUCUUCUUAUUUUUUUUUUUUUGCAUUGAACGCUGAGAGCUCGUGUUUACUAAGCAAGCUUUUGUGUUUAUCCUUGUUUUUGCUGAACAUUGUUAGUACCUGGGUAAUGGAAACCCACUUUCUUUUCAUUGUAAUGACUUUGGGGGCUUUUGUGAGAAAGGAAAGGUGGGAUAAAAGGUGGCAGAGGGGUCUAGGUCGUCGUUGCUCUGAAGGUUGGAUAUGUACAAACAGCAACACCCUGGUAUGGCUCAGAGGAGGUGGCAGCCAGGAGGUGGGAGUUUCUCAAUUCUCUGUAGCAUGACUUUUAAUCCCUAGGUGUGUUAGUCCCAGCCUAGUUUGGUGCUCAAGGUGAGAGGGGGAUUUAAAUCUGUCUGCAAAUUGUCCAACCUGCCAGGUCAAUGUGAGGGGCUUCCAUUCUGGGUUUGGUAAGAAAGUGUUCAUUCGUGACUGCCGUGUUCUGAGAAAAGUUCUGAUUCCUUUUAACAAAUGUCAUCAUGAUUAAGGAAAUGUCUGGCACUUUAAUGGAAAAUUAAUUGAGAAUGUAAGAAAGUUGAUGCUGUACAAGGCAAAUAAAACCGUUCAUUAACCCUGA